UACCCAAAUCACAAACCCAAGACCUAAACUUGCUCACGAAGAAAAAAAAAUCGCCGAGUCAGAUCUCAAUCGCAAACCGUCUCCAAUGGCUCUCGAGUGGGUUGUCCUAGGCUACGCAGCCGCCGCCGAAGCGAUCAUGGUGAUCCUCCUAACGAUGCCUGGACUCGACGCGCUCCGCAAAGGCUUGAUCGCCGUCACGCGCAACCUCCUGAAGCCGUUCCUCUCGAUCAUCCCCUUCUGCCUCUUCCUCCUCAUGGAUAUCUACUGGAAGUACGAGACUCGUCCCUCCUGCGACGGCGACUCGUGCACCCCUUCCGAGCACCUCCGUCACCAGAAGUCGAUCAUGAAGUCCCAGAGGAACGCGCUCCUGAUCGCGUCGGCGCUUGUGUUCUACUGGAUUCUGUAUUCCGUUACGAAUCUUGUGGUUAGGAUCGAGCAGCUUAACCAGAGGGUUGAGAGGCUUAGGAAGAGGGAGUAAAGCGUCGUCGUUUUGGGCUGCGCUGAUUUGGUGUUCUUUCUUUUCGAUGUUUGCUUUUAUCUUGUGGAGAUUGUAAGGAUCUGUGUUAUCUCUUUAUGUUCUUAUACUUUAGUUCAAUCCUCUGUGUUUUUUAGUCUAUGGAUCUUGUCAUAGUUUUCUCACUUGAUGAUAUACUUUGCUCUGUUAUCUUGGUUAGUUAUGAUGAAUCUGUUUACGACUA